AUGCCGUUCACAUACAAGUCAAUACUUCUCGUGGGAGCCACUUCGGGAAUCGGCGCCGGCCUGGCGGAUAAAUUCGUAGCUGAGGGUUCUCAGGUCAUCGCCGUAGGUCGUCGCCAGGACAAACUCGACGACUUCGUCAAGAAGCAUAAUUCCGCCAAUGCUGCCGCCAUUAGAUACGACAUAACAGACACCGCAGGCCGGAAUGCCUUUGUCAAUGAAGUCGUCACGAGGUACCCAGACCUAGAUGCCGUGUUCUUGAAUGCCGGCGUCCAGAGCCAGAUGCGCCUAUCACGGCCUGCCGAGUUCGACCUCGACAGCUUCCACCAUGAAAUAAACGUCAACUUCACCAGCAUCGUCAACCUAGCCAUGUCAUUUCUACCACACCUGCAGGCCAAGACACAGCCAACCAGCCUAAUAAUAACAGGAACUCACCUCGGCCUAGUGCCAGCUCCGACCAUCCCUGCUUACUCGGCUUCAAAGGCGGCUCUGACCUCUUUCGUCGACUGCCUCCGGGACCAGAAUCGCCACAAAUCCACCAGGAUUAUCGAGAUCUAUCCUCCAGUUGUGCAGUCCGAGCUUCAUGACUAUCUGGGGGAGGAGCUAGGCCGCUCUCUUGGGAUGCCUGCCGACCAGUUUACUCACGAAGCGUACGAACAGCUGUUACAUGGCGAUGAGCUUAUCGUCAUCGGGUCCAUCGCCACCGAGCCGCGCGAGUCCUACAUUGAACUGGUCGAGAGGCGCAGGCAGGUAUACAGCAAGCUCUCGAGCGUCAUGCUGGCGCGCUUCGAAUUGUGA